CUAUCUAUCUAUCUAUAUGGAUUUCACGAUGCAGAAAUUAAAUGCUGGACAGUUUGUGUUUUAUUUUUUUCUAAUUUUAUCUCUUUCAGUGUUAUAUUUUUAUGUAAAUAUUCGACUGUUAUAUACAGUUUAUAGCCAGGGAUGAAGUAAAAGCAAAAUAUUGUUGGUUUCUAUAUUUCUUGUAAGAAUAUUUAAUGAUUAGCAAUAUUAUAAAUAAAUGGUUAAGUAAUGUUUGAAAAUAAUGCCAGAUAAAAGAAAACAAACUUUAGUGACGAAUUACCAUUGCAUAUUUGUUUCCGUCAUUAAUCAAUUAAUUUUCUCAUUCCAGGUGUGCUUAACAUUGAUUAUGGCAACCCGAAGCAAUAACGCAGUCUGGCUCAUAGGCCAGCCAAAUAAGGAUAUCCUAGGUAGUCGUCUGCCAACCAAGCUGAGUGUCAUGAAGAAGUACUUCUUUCAUCAAAAGCAGGAACAGCUAGGACGUAGAAAGUCAGUGAAUCUCUGUUUGGAUGCUGUCAUGCCCUUUUGGGAGAAAGCUAGGAUUCCUACUAUGAGGAGAGACAACGCCAUUCGGAAAAUAGAAUCUCUCCUCAAGCGUUAUGAUAAGCUAGUCAAAAAUAAGAAACGAUCAGAGGAGAGCUGUCGUGUUGCUGAAGAAGUGUUCAUGGAAGAAAUUAAAAAUGAAAUCCUUGAUAUUGGUCAUUCCAAAGCCCUUUGUAUGAUGAAAAACGAGGAAGACAAGAGUUUCUACAUUAGUCAGCAGGAUGACCCAGCACAGAGCAGUAUGGGAUCUGUAGACAUGAAGAUGGCCAAAAUAGAGAGUAGGAAAAGGCAUCGAGAAGAAAAACAGGCUGAGCUGCAAGACCGGGAGAUUCAUCAGUCCAAGAUAUUAACAGAGACUGCAAUUUUAGAAGACAGUUCCCCAUCCUCAGAUGAGCAGUGUGAUCCUUCCUUGGAUGCAUGUACCUCUACUUUAUGUCGUAAAAAGAAACGGUCAAAGAACUUCAUAAAUCAAGAUGUGGCUGUUGCUUAUGACCGGAUGAACAUUAGUAUCCGUGAUGCAGCAAUGUCCUAUAGUGUAGUGGCCCAAUCUCUAGGGCAAAAUUUGGAUGAGAUUUCCAUUUCUGCUUCCACAAUGUACCGUGCUCGCAAGGCGAUUCGAAAGCAAGUAGCAGUGGCGUAUCAAGGGGAAGAAUUCUGUCCUGGUGAACCAUUAGUGUUGCAUUGGGAUGGGAAAAUGCUACCUACAAUCACAGGUAACAGAUCUGAGGAUCGAAUUGCCAUUCUAGUUUCCGGGAAGGGUCAAGAGAAACUGCUUGGGAUUCCAAAAAUUCCAGCUGGUACAGGAGCGGAGAUAGCACGUGUAUGCAUUGAAUGCAUAAGGGAACACCACCUGUCAGAUAGAAUCAAGGGGUUAUCAUUUGACACUACAUCAUCGAACACUGGAAUUCAUGCAGGUGCCUGCACCAAGAUUGAGGACGCUCUUGAGAAACAACUUCUAUACCUAGCAUGCAGGCAUCACAUUUAUGAAAUUGUUCUAGCCAAAGCCUUCCACCUCUCAAUGGGCCCCACCACUGGGCCUAAUAUUGAAAUCUUUAAAAGACUCAAGAAUCAGUGGAAUGAAAUCGAUAGGUCCCUGACAACUAGCUGCACUAUUGCCGAACCUCUUCAGGGUCUCAGGGACAAAACUAUUCUUAUUGUGAGAAAAUCUUUUGCUAUCUGUCAGCAGCGGGAUGACUAUAAAGAGCUUCUUCAGCUGGUCCUUCUCUUUCUUGGGGAAGAGACUACUGUUAAUGUGCCUCUCCGGAAGCCAGGAGCAUAUCACAAUGCACGGUGGAUGGCAAAGGCUAUCUAUGCAUUGAAGCUAUACCUUUUACAAGACCAAUUCAAGAUGACGGAGUUGGAACAUAAAGGUGUCACAGAAAUCUGCCUUUUUGUUGCCCUGGCCUAUGCAAAGGCUUGGUGUCGUGCACCAAGAGCAGAGCAGGCUCCAGCUGUUGAUCUGGAGUUUUUGCAAGACAUGGAAACAUUACAAGAAGAAGGAGUGAUCAUCACUGUUGCCAAGGAAGCACAAGCAGCCAUGAAGCGACAUUUGUGGUACCUCUCAGAGGCACUGGAAUCAGCAUCACCAGACCUUGGGAGCAGCAGCAGCCCAGUGCCAGCACCACGCCACUGGACCCCAGGCUGCCCAGCCCACUGCCAGUGCCGGGGAUCUUCAGACCCGUCUCCAGCCUUUGGACACAUGCCCUCCCCCAGACACAUAAUGGACCCUGCCCUGACCCCCACCCCACCCCCCCCAUAA